GCUGCUUAGAUAAAGGAGCUCCCUUUCUCACAGUGACUGCCAGUCAGAGCUCAUCCAGCCUACACCAUGGAUUCUGUCCACUGCAAACUCAAGGCAGCCCUCUGUCACAUGUACCCCUGCCCCAGGGGGGCCACCAGCAGCAUACACACUCAGCAUCCUGGACAGCCAGACAGCAGUCCUGACCUAUGGAGACCGUGGGUAUUCUCUGCUGGAGACAGACAGAAAAGGCUGUUAAAGAAAUCAGAGUCUCAUGAUGGACAUAUUGGCUCAAAAGGUGCCCACGGCUUUCAGCACCCUGUACGGCUGUACAUGCCCAAGUCCAAAACUAACGAAUAUAUAGAAAACAUGGGGAAGAAGGUGUUGGCCAAUUUUCCAGUUCAGGCCACCAUUCAUUUCUACAAUGACAACUCAGACUCUGAAGAAGAAGAAGAAGAUGAGGAGGAGUAUGGAAUGGACUUUAAUACCCAUCAUCAGGAUUUCGAUCGUGAUCCAAAGAAGGUAUCUGGAGACAUGGAGCAAGAGAACUCAUUGUGUUUAUCAAGUCCAUCUUUUCCCCAUGAGAAGCCACAUUGGAACUGAGUAGACCUGAGCCAAAACACACCAAGAAGGACACUUAUCAAAGGAUGGUCAUUUUGAUAGAAACAUUUAGCAGUUUUAUUGAACUUCAGUUUGGCAAGUUCUAAUUCACAAAGAAAAAAAAAAUCUCCAAGCAAAACCGUUACAGGGUUAAAUAACCUUAUGGUCAUUGUUUCAAUGCAAGAUCGCGAAAAGUGACACAUGGAACUUUUUGGAUGAUCCAAACAUGAAGGCUUCCUGCAAUGUCCUCUUAAAGGGAGGUGGAGGGGACUAGCAAUCAAAUGAUCCCCACCCAGUUCAGAAA